GAUGCGCGGGUGCCAAAAAUCACGUUGGAACACAUGACGCAGGACUAUAUUCAAGAAUCUCAGGGAAAGUCUAAGUCUCCUAUCCCACGAUUUGUAAAGCGCAUCCUUGACAAAAUACCAAUACAAGACCACUACGAUGUGAUUGUCUUCGGUGCCGGUUUCGCGGGUCUCACCGCAGCCCGCGAUCGCAUCGGCGGGCGCACCUGGACGGCCCAAGUACACGGGGAGGAGAUCGAGAUGGGCGGCACCUGGGUGCACUGGAAUCAGCCGCAUCUCUACGCCGAACUGCAUCGUUACGGACUACACCGGAACCUGAAGACCUCAGCGGGGACCUUCGCGCCCCAUGAGCAAUUGUUCAAGUCGUCAGGCGCGGCGGUGGAGAAGGUUUCCUCUGAGAAAUACGGGCCGGCACUCGAGCGCGUGGCGCAGAGGGUCUUCGCGAUCGAUGAAUUGGACAGUCGCGCCUUGAUGCCGUAUCCCCAUGACCCGCUGCGGGCACCCUCACCGUGGAAGCGAUACGAUAAUCUCAGUGUGCAGGACAGGAAGGAGUUGUUCGCGUCCAACGUCAGCACGUUCGGCAGUGCCCCGGCGAAGGAGACAGGGUUCACCGAAGCACUGCGCUGGUUUGCACUCGGGGGCCACAGCAUGGCGGGGGUGUUCGAGCUGGCAGGGAAUUACAAGCUGGGACGAGGCGGGAUGACCUCCCUUGCUCGGGCAAUUCUGAGCGAGUAUGUCGGGGACAUCAGUUUCGGCACGAUUGUCGCAGAAAUGAGCCAUGUGCUGGAUGGGGUUGAGGUGCGCACGCAGGACGGACGGAGGUUCGGGGCUGGCGCUGUGGUCUCCACGAUUCCACUGAACUGCCUCGGCGACGUCCAAUUCAACCCUCCGCUCUCGCCCCUUCGCCAAACCGCCUUCGUCUUUGCGUUCUCGGAUCACAACGGCACCCAGCCUUCGGAAUCAUCGGGCACUUGGUGCAUAGGUUUCGGAUACAACGGACAUUUGACCCAGAAGACUGACAGUGAGUACAUCGUGCAGAGGUUCAAGCGGGAUAUUAAGCCCGAUGUCACCGUCGAGGCGUAUGCGACCCAUGACUGGAUGAAUGACCCGUAUGCCAAGGGCGUGUGGGCCUGCUGGGGCCCCAACAGUGCUUCGGUCCAUCUGCAAGAGCUCCAGAAACCGCACGGACGCAUUCUUUUCGCAGGCGCGGACUGGGCGGAUGGUUGGCGCGGCUUUAUUGAUGGAGCCAUCGAGCGAGGCCAGGUCGCUGUUCGGGAUACUGUGCAGCUGUUGAAGGAGACUUCCACGGUGACUGCCAAACUGUAG